AUGGCUACCUUGGAGACACCGUCAACGCCCGGCCGUCUCGAGACUCUGCCAACUGUAGUCUUGGAUUUCAUAUGCGAGAUAUUGGCGGAUUGUGACUCGAGACGGCGGAGUCUGUUUGCUUUCUCGCUGGUCAAUAAACGCUGCUGUGCCGUUGCUGACAGGCAGCGAUUUGAGCGGAUUCAAUGCAAAGUGCGGGGCAGCUCAGAACUGCGUGAGGAUAUUGAAAGAUGGACCAGCCUGCUCGAGACAUCACAGCAAUUUCGCCAUGUCCGCAAGGUCAAGGUCAUUGGCUUCAUGCCACCCGACAGCCUGGAAACUGAGGAAGACUGGGUUGUAUCGCUCAAGGUCGCCGUCGAGAGAUCCGCGAGAUACGACCGUGAGGAGCGGGCAGGCGAAGGCUCUGAUCAUGAUGGGUUCUUUGAUCCGCCCGUAGAGCCUGUCAUGGUCGACGUCGCAGAGUCGCAUUUGGACACUCAAGAAGCCAAGAAACAACACAAUGAAGCGUGGCAGCCUUUUGCCGACUUUAUAUCCAGACUCCCAGCGCUCAGGGACCUUGUGUACUCGUGUGCCGACCAAGUCCCGCCAUGUCUCCUCGCAGCGUUGCAUCAGCAUCAUCCCCAAAGCCGACUCCAUGUGCACACAUUUGCUCUUCGCAGCCUUCUUCAGAAGCAUGAUGAGAUACGUGACAUUGACUUGGACGAAUACGCGCUCAUCACAUCCCCAUGUCUGUAUAGCGUUUUGCUAUACACUUCGCGAGGGUAUAUUACGACUGGUCAUGUCAACUACAACCACGAGGCGCUAUUUGCCAUGGCUUCAGGAGUAUCCCCAGGGCUGAGGCAUGUUCGCACAAACACCAUUCAAGCUGGCAACUCACCAGCGUUGUUGAGAGCCGCGAGAGCACCCCGCCCAGAGUGGCGCGGCUUCUUCAUGAACAAUAAUGGCACGACGUAUGCCAAAGGACAGCUCGAGAGCAUCUCCAUCAUCGGCCAAGGCAGCUCGGUCAACCUUGGUGUUGCGGCAUGGGCACGUAUUACUGACUUUCGCAAGCUGCGUUCGCUCGAACACGCAACGCACGAAUCCACAACAGAUGAUUUGAACAUGUUGGUGCUCAUGGCUUCCAACGGCCAACUCGGGCAGCUCCGGAAACUGUCCCUGCAGCUCAACGCCAGCCAGCAUGUGUAUCCUUACAUGGAAGCAAAUUUGGCCGUCUUGCUAGAGCAUCUGCCGCCGUUGGAGGAGCUCAGCAUCACCGGACCUCAUGGGCCAAUGUCCUUGUCUGCCAUUACUCGGCACCAGGGCGCGUCCCUGCAAAAGUUGAAGCUCGUACCGGACCAAAGCACGACGGCGGGCGUUUCCACGUUGGCAGUGGUGGACUCGAGCCAUCUGGUCAACCAGCUUCAGCGAUACUGCCCCAAUCUCCGCCAACUCGAGCUCAUGCUGCCGCGCUCCAAGGGUGACGAGCGCGAGGUGGCGUUAUAUCAGGCUCUGGGGAAAUUCAAGUCUCUGACGCAUCUCACCAUUUUGCUGGAUUGUUGUUACCAGCAAUGGAUGAAUCUGCAUUCCAUCCCGCCAUCGCGCGAGCUUAUCCGCGACAUUUUCAUCAAUGCCACCGUGGAUGCCGCGCUGGCCCGUUCCAUUUUCAACUUCAUUUGCACGGCCGAUCCCUCUGCGCCAUCUCCACUGCGUGUCAUGAGAUCAAGUGUCCUUUGGUGCGACUACGCUGAUAUAUUUGGUGAUAGCGCAAUUUACAACCUCUUGUCUUGGGUGGGUCGUAGCUGGCUUUGUCAGAGAUAUCCACGUCUUGACCAGACUGGAGAGAUUACUGUGGACGAGAUCCAGCGGAGUCAUAGAUAUGAACAAAUCGAUAUCACCAGCGACGAAUGGGACGACUUUUCACAUGGGUCAGAGUUGAAACAAAUCUGGAGGGAACUUUGGCCGGAAAAGACAGAUAUCAGGGUUACUGAUUGUACCAGUUUUCCACUGAUGAAUGCUUCUGGCUGA